AAGAGCGCUCCUCUAGAGAGCGCAUGCGUAAGGCGACGACAGUAGGCCGCGGCCUAACUGUCGUCGUUCGCUCGCUUGGGAUUCCAUUCUCGCGGGUGCGGAGGGAGCCGGUCACGGCCGCCCCAACGGGAUGUUCGUGGCGCUAAACGAACUGCUCGGGCUUUCCGUGGAGCAGCCGGAGCGGAGCAAAUUGAUUUUGCUUUGUGCCACGCAGACAGAUGCCAGCUUCCUGCUCCACCAUUUUCUUUCCUUCUACCUGAAAGCGGGUUGCAAAGUCUGUUUUCUGGCCUUCGUGCAAUCCUUCAGCCAUUACAACUCUGUGGCUCAAAAACUGGGAGUCAGUCUCCUUACAGCCAAGGAACAAAAUCAGCUGGUGUUCUUUGAAGGGCUGAAAGUGGCAAACCAGGUCUUCUUCAGCGACGCGCAGAAAUCCGAGGACCCCAAUCCUUUCCAAUUCAUUAGCGGAGAUGGCUCGGAUCUGAAACAACUUUACCAUUUUGUCCGGACAUCCCUGAAUCCUUCUGCUGACGGAUAUCGGUGGAAGUUCCCCGUUGUGAUCAUUGACGAUCCCGGGGUCCUGCUAAGUCUUGGAGUGCGGCUGACGGAUGUCCUGAAUUUCGUUCACUAUUGCCGGGCGACCGUCAAUGAUGAACUGAAGGGGAACUUGGUUUUCCUGGUGCGGAGCAGUGAAGCGUCGGAAGACGAGGAGAAUGAACUUCUGGGGAAGGCCCUUCGCCAUCAGGCCCACAGCGUCCUCUGGGCCGAAGGUCUGGCCAGCGGCUACUGCAAGGAAGUCCACGGACAGCUGACCAUCCUGGAAAAGGAUUCCCAGGAAUCCGGCGGGGCAAGAGAUCCCCGGCGGGUUUUCCAGUAUCAGAUCCAGGAUAAGAACGUCGCGUUCUUUGCCCGAGGAAUGUCGGCCGCCGUGUUGUGACUGAGAGAGAGGCUGGCGGUGGGUUCCCGGAAAGGCCGUCGGAAGGAGAUCUGGGGCAGAGCGAGGAGGAUCGGCGCUCCCCGAGGGACCCGAGGGGAUCGGGUUGGCGGCGCCGGCAUCGAAUCCUGGUCGAGGGCGGCCGGAAGAAAGAAGGGAAAGAGAUGACAGUGUAAUAAAUGAAGCGGGAUUGUGAUC